GAAGAGACGCUGAAGGGAGAGAAGAAAAAAAAAAACCUUCCUCUCUAGUCUCUAUACUUUUGCGUAUCAGCAGCGGAGAACCGGACGGCCGUUUGUCCCCAGAAACCCGGCCACGUCCUCCCGCCUCCCCGCAGGAUGAGUGUUACCGCUCAGAGGUGCAUGGCCAGCUCGGGGCAGAAGCCCAUCGCGGAGAUCCUCCACCCGCUCUCCGGCGGCGGCGACGAGCAGCAGCAGCAGCAGCAGCAGCAGCAGCUCUCCGUCACCGUCAGCGUCGUCGUCGGAGGGGACAAGGAAGCGUCCCUGACCAACGGCGCGCCGGUGGAGACGCCGAGUCCCGCCUCCACGUCGUCGCUGUUCAACAGGCUGCAGCUGGACGACGAUCCGGAAGCCGACGUCCGGGACCCCUACACGGAGACGGCGGAGACCCGUGACCUCUUCGUCACGGUCGACGACCCAAAGAAACACGUGUCCACCAUGGAGACCUACAUCACCUACAGAGUCUCCACCAAGACGUCACGCGUAGAGUUCGACCUGCCCGAGUACUGCGUGCGGCGGCGCUACCAGGACUUCGACUGGCUGCGGAUGAAGUUGGAGGACAGCCAGCCCACCCACCUCAUCCCCCCGUUGCCGGAGAAGUUCGUGAUGAAGGGCGUGGUGGACCGUUUUUCAGAGGAGUUCGUGGAGACGAGGAUGAAGGCUCUGGACAAGUUCCUCAAGCGAGUUGCCGACCACCCGGUACUCUCCUUCAACCCGCAUUUAAACGCUUUCCUAACAGCCAAGGACCUGAACAAGCGUCAGGGUCUGGCUCUGCUCACCAAGGUGGGCGAGUCGGUGAAGCACGUGGCCGGAGGCUACAAGCUGCGGCCGCGGCCCGCCGAGUUCUGCGCCAUGGGAGAAUACCUGGACACCUUCAACCAGAAACUGGGAACCAUCGACCGCAUCGCUCAGAGGAUCCUCAAAGAGCAGUCGGAGUACCUGACGGAGCUCCGCGAGUACGGCACCGUGUACUCCAGCUGGGCGGCGUCGGAGGAAGAGCUGCGGCGCCCCCUGGAGGGCGUGGGCGGCUGCGUGGCCACGUGCUGCGGAGCGCUGGACGACCUGGGCGACGGCAUGAGCCAGGACUUCCUGCCCGUCCUCCGAGAGUACGUCCUCUACGUGGAGUCCAUGAAGAAUGUUUUGAGGAAGCGAGACCAGAGCCAGGCGGAGUACGAGGGCCGACUAGAAGCCGCCAUAUUACGCAAGCAGGAGGACCGAACGCCAAUGCCGGCGGAGGUGGAGAAAUGCCAGGACAAGGUGGAGUGUUUCAACGCCGACCUGAAGGCGGACUGGGAGCGCUGGCAGAGCAACAAGAGACAGGACUUCAAACUGCUUCUCACCGGCAUGGCCGACAAGAACAUCCGCCACUACGAAAAGUGCCAAGCAGCGUGGGAGUCGCUCUUAACCGUCCUCCAGGACAAACAGGCCGAGGACAAAACGCACGAGACGAACUGAAACAUCUGAUCGCUGCGUAGCGGCGUGUAGCGCUGCGUAGCCGGGCAGCGGGCUUGAGCUGCAGGACUUUGCCCCCCCCCCCUCUCCCCCCCGUUCUCCAGGGGGAGGAUUGUACGGAGGGGAGUCGUCUCUCUUUGACCCUACAAAGUAGGUAACCGACGGUACAUUCUAGGACGCUUGGGGGGGAAACGGGACAGAACUUCGUCGACAUUUUCCUUUUUUCCUUCUUUUCUGAACUGGACCUUUUCUACUCAAUAUUUCCUAAUGAUUUCGGGUGCCAAAUGCCGCCGGUGUUGAAGCUCGGUCUCAGAGAGGCUGGUUUUCCGUCCGUCCUCUCCGUGUUCACAUUGAGCCAAACGUGAAGGAAGCCGAUGAGAUCACGAAAUGUGAAUUACGAAGUAGUGUUCUUUUUUCAUUUUUUUUUUCACUUUUUCAUUUUCUUUUCUAAAAAAUGUCACACUGAAACAAUACUGUCUCAUCUCUUGGAGCCACCGUAUUGGCUGUGAAUUAGAAUCCAACAUCUCGUACUUCAUUUAAAGGAUCCACCGGUUGUUCUCGCAGGUUGCAGCCAAUAAACUCUGUUGACCUUUGUCCAAGAGUUCAUAAAUGUUUUGUUUUUUUUCCUGUUCUGCCCGCCAACAUUGUUGGCAUGAACAAUCCUCCUGCAGGGACUUGGAACUAACGGUUAUGGGAGCUUUUGAAACCGCAGCUCAGCCGCAAGAAGCGAAUGGGCCGAGAAAAAGGAGGAGGUUCACGAAGUAAAAGCAAAGGAAGCAAAGGGACACUUGGAUGUACUUUUGAUCCACGUCACAAUUGAUGUUGAGCUUUUCACUGUGUGCUUUUGUAGCAGCGCCGCCUGGUGGUUUAGAUGAAAACAGCUCUCAUGCUUUUGAAACCGCCGGCUGAACAGUUUCCUACUCCUGAUAAAAGUCUGCUUUGCUUUUUCCUGCCGCGGCCAUUUAUUCCUGCUGCAGGGGUUUCACCUUGAAAGUUAGGCAAGGAUGCUAAACAGGCGGAUUUACCCGAUUUAAAUAAACACAGAGGGGGUGGAAAGUAUCAUUUAUCUACUUUAAACGACUGAAAAUCAUCCGUCAACAUGUUUUGUCUAACUCUUUGAAUGAAAUGUCUUUCUCUGCCUCAGUGACACGGAUCGAGAGAACAUUCCUAAAAGCCCCAAACGCUUUGCCUCAUUUGACCUAGAAACACUAAGAGAGUUCAGAGUUUAGAACGUCUCUGUUUUGGUUCAAAUUGUUGCCUCUCCACCAAAGGUCUUUCUGCCAUCUUCUUCUUUUUUUUUUUUUUCUUCCCCCUUUUCGAUUGUUCCCGGUGAGAGAUCGGGGACGUCGUUACCGACGACCACAUUUACAGCUUCAGUUCAUUUCAUCGCAGGACCACGACUUUGCUUUUCCGACACUUUUAGCGCUGAUUCGUUACCACGACAUCACGUCUCUCCGACGAAAAGGUGCUGAUUUGAGUUGACGGCCGUCUGUCUCCGUGGUUUCUUCUAGAUGUCCUUCAGGCAGGUUGUCUCUGGAUGCUCCUUGGCCUGAUCACAUAGGCCCAUGUUGAGGAACCGAGAAGUGGCUGCUGGUAAACUGGAUUCAUCACGUUGUCGUUUUUGUCGGUUGUAUUUUUCCCUUUUUAGAAGCACAACGCAGAUGCUGUUUCUACUAAACCCUCAAUUUCUAUCCCCAAACUAAUGCUUUAAGAGCGGCCUGUGUUCUUGUUUUGUGCAUCUGCAUCCGUUUUAUGUUGGAUGUCACGAUAGAUUUGAUCUGACUGACAGUCGCUGUUUGGAGGAGUGAUCCGUCUCUGAAAGGCAGCCUGCAGGGUCUCGGACCACUAGAAACACUCUGGAGCAGAUUUGUAUCUCAAGGAACCACACAAAGACGAGACUGAAUGUGAACAUUUGUUUACAACAUAAAAUAAUCCACUGGGCAGCUUUAACAACAGAUUGUUUUAUCAGUUUAACAUUUCCAAAUAUCUUUUCAUAUUCGCAAACUGCACUCCAGAACCCAAUAAGAAAUAUGACAAAAAAAAGGUUUCAUUUUCCACAUUUCAACCUGUAAGUGAUGCUCACUGUAAUCUAAAUAGAUUUUAAUAUAUUGAAAUGUAGCAAACCCGAUCCAGGUUUUUUGUUUGUUUAUUGGGUGAGAUCUGUUUAAAAUGAGCAGGUUUGUUUCCUAAAGAGGCGUUAAGCCAUCUGAUGACCUCACCAGAGCAUGCUAAUGGGUUGGAAAGGUAUUUUUUCUGUAAUGACAACAUACUGUAUAUUCAAUAUACCCAAAUGUACAGCUGAAUUAUAUGGUACAGCUGAGUCUAUUUUUCUAUAAAAGAAGCAGGUGAUCAUUUUUGGUUUUCCAUCAAGCGUUUGAAGAUUACGACAUCACGUCAAAGGGAUUUUGGAAUUAAACGGUUAUUUAUUGUUUUCGCACGAGUCAUUGGAACCCCAGUACUUCUCCCAUACGUUUACUUCUUCUCCCUCGUAGACAUUUUAUAAUCCCCCUCUCAGACCGUUUGCCUGCUGAUUUACUUUUGCACUAUUUAUGUUGCGCGCCAACUCCAACAAUAACGUAAAUAAGCUUUUUUUUCUGUUGCCAAACAUGACAAUGAAUAGUCUGGUGACUUGACUUGGUUCAGAAAGGCAUCGUCUGGGGAUUUAACCUGAAUUCAGCUCUGCAAACAGGGACAAUUCAGGCAGACUCGUGCAUUUGUUUCGUCUUGUUCGGUUCAAAUCAAAUGUUUCUAAGCCAAAAUGCCCCCCGGUUGCUUUUUUUCUUCCUGUCAUAGAUUCACACAUUAUGAGAUGAUUGGAUUCCCUCAAAGAUUAGACGUCAGACCGGUUAUGCAAAUGUGUAUCUUUAUUUUCAUUUGUUUGAUUUCUGUUCCUCCCCAGUGUGUACUUGUUUACGUUCAGUCCCUAUUGUUUGGAUGCUAACAACAUCCUGUUGUGAUCACAAAUAAGCUUGUAUAUUGAUGUCGUUUUGAAGCAAUUUAUCUUUACCUCGAAUGAUUCUUUUGGUUAUAUUGGACCAAUAAUAAAAAAAUAAUGCCUUU